AUGGCCAAUGUCGUGCUCCUGAAGAGGAGACUGGUCUCCAGACUAAAGCGGUCGCCCUGUGUGAUUCUGAUUGGCUGUUUACUUAUUAUCGGCUAUGCUUAUAUCGGAAACGCUGUCCUGUAUGUGGAAACAUCCUACCAUUACUUACAAGGCCAGGGUAAAAUCUUCACCUCCACAGGACAUGUAUAUAACCCUGAAGAGUACACCACGUGUCCGCCAGCUAUAGACAUAGAUGGAGAAAACCAUGCGUCCCACUACAAACUGCAGAUCCGCUGCGGUGUUGGCAAGGCUGAAUUAUUCCUCGACCUCACUAAUGACUUCAGAGUCUUGUCUAUACCCUCUGGUGACCCAUGCCUGUUUAACGCUCUAAAGGACUUUUGCUCUUCAGAUGGCUAUAAAGUACCCAACGUAGCUCACUACAUCUGGUUCAAUAUGAAAAACAUGACAUUUUUCCAUUUUUUGAGUGUCAUGAGCGUACAUUUGUUCCAGGAACCCUGUGUAAUCCUUGUGCACGGCCACCUCCCCGGGGGUCCAUAUUGGAGAUACCUCGCCAGAGUCGUACCUAAUAUCAUUCAUGUGGCCACAAGCCCCCCGGGCACCUUUGGAGGAAAACCACUAGUCUCCAUGGAGCACAAAUCGGAUCUCGUGCGAUUGUUUGUCAUUAAAGAAUACGGCGGGAUAUAUUUCGACAUAGACAGUAUCCUUUUCCGAAACCUCAACUCCUUAAGGAAUUAUUCAGUUACAAUGAGUCUUGAAUACUGGUCAAACCUUUCGAAUGGACUUAUUCUAGCCGAGCCAGACGCCAUGUUUACUCGCAAGUGGCUGUCACGGUACCGUGACUACACGUACGACCCGUUACGGUAUUGGGAAUUCUCUCUGUUUGUACCGACCAAGAUCGCACGGCAACAUCCUGAAUGGAUUCAUGUUGAAUACAUGACUUUUUGCUCGCCAGAUGGUGAACAUCGAAACAUUAUAUUUGAGGGAAACUAUGACUGGGGUCAAAAUUUCGCUAUACAUUUAUACAUCCGGUUUUAUAAAAAGGAACAUAACUGUGAUGACGUCAGGAAACUUAACACGACAAUUGGUGCCGUAUCAAGACAUGUAUUAUACGGCUCGAGAAAACUUUGUCUUGACUAG